GACCCAGGGCACCUGUUUGUAACCCCAUUAUUGCCUGCUGGAGACUUCUGCAGAACAGAAGGGAACGGUCAGGAAGCCAAGAUGAUCUCCUUCAAGCAACUGCCCCUUGAAGCAAAGGCUGCAGUGGCUGCAGGAGUGGUUUUCUUCUCCAUGACACUGUCGCGGAGUUACCUGGCAGAAAAACUUGAUCUUGGGAUGCGACGUUGGCUUCUGAGACUGCAGAUGGCACUGUUUGCUAACGCGCUGAUGUUGAUAGGAUCUCUUCACGUUUGGAGAAGCACAGUCACCACCUUCUCCAGGUCUUCAGCUGCCAGCUCCUUCUAUUUCAUGCCGUGGAAAAUAGCUGUGUUCAUGUUUCUAGCUUUGGCUCAUUCAAGCUUCUUUACCAUGCUAUUUCUCGUUGCAGAAGAGCCCUAUUUCUUUUCUUUAGCUGCCUACACUUGCCUGGGGGCCUAUAUCAUCCUCAUCUUCUUCCUCUUCACUCUAGGCUCUGUAGAGCAGGCUUACAAGUUCUUGGCUGGGAGAGGCGCUAAGGCAGGCGCUGGCAACAAGAACAGAACAGCGAUGAAACCGGUUUUGGCAGUCAUGCUGACUGUUGUGCUGACUGUUGUCGGGCUGUUAAAUGCCUCCCAGCCUCCCACCGUGAAUUCGGUGGAGGUUCCAGUUCACAAGCUGCCCUCGACAAUGAAUAACCUGAAAGUGGUAUUGCUUUCAGAUAUUCACCUGGGGCCCACAGUUGGGAAGACCAAGCUUGCCAUGAUUGUGCGAAUGGUUAAGGCUUUAAAACCAGAUAUCACCGUGAUUGUUGGAGACCUGACAGACUCUGAGGCAGAGAUCCUACGACCAGCCGUCGAGCCUCUCGGAGAACUUAACUCCCCUUUGGGGACUUACUUUGUCACAGGAAACCACGAGUACUACACGUCGGAUGUUAGCAACUGGUUCAAGCUGUUGAAAUCCUUUAACAUUCAGCCGCUCCAUAACGAGAAUGUGAAGAUUGUAUCCCCGAAGAGCACCGACGACUGGUUCUGCCUGGCUGGCGUUGACGAUAUCGAAGCGAAUGUGUUGCGCUACUCAGGACAUGGCAUGGAUUUGAAAAAAGCUCUCAGAGAUUGUAGCGGCGAGCACGCGAUCGUGCUUUUAGCUCAUCAGCCGAUCGCUGCAAAGUGGGCCCUUCAGGAGAGGCCAGACAUUAAUUUAAUUCUCUCUGGCCAUACUCACGGAGGGCAGAUUUUCCCACUAAAUGCGGGAGCUUAUUUUCUGAAUCCAUUUUUUGUCGGCUUGUACAAAGUUGGGCAGAACACCUUUGUCUACGUCAGCCCGGGGACGAUGUACUUUGGAAUACCCAUGAGGCUGGGCAGCAGAGCUGAGAUAACGCAGAUAAUUCUGCGUUCUCCCUGA